CACACAGUGGCGGCGUACUCGGAACACAGAAAGAAAAAAAAUCGGGAAACAGAAAAUAUUGAAGCAAAAGGAGUAGGUGAGGUUGAAAAUUUUGUGUGAGAUGGCAACAACAUCAACAACUAUCUUCUCAAUUGGAUCAACUGUCCCCUUUGGAAGCAGGGGGAGCCCUCUUUCACAAACAAAACCUUUUUCUGUAAGGUUCACCUCCCAGAAUUCAUUUGCAAGUUUCAGUGGCCUCAAGGCAGCAACAUCUGUGAACUGUGAAUCAGGAUCUUCCUUCCUAGGCAAGGAAAGCUGCUCAGCUCUUAAAGGCUCUUUUACACCAAAAGCACAGAAAGCAAACCACAGGUCUCAGUAUGGCCUACAGCCCAUGGCAUCUUACAAAGUGGCUAUACUUGGAGCUGCUGGAGGGAUUGGUCAGCCAUUGGCACUUCUAAUCAAGAUGUCCCCGCUGGUUUCAGCCCUGAAUCUCUAUGAUAUAGCAAAUGUCAAGGGAGUUGCUGCUGAUCUCAGUCACUGCAAUACUCCUUCUCAAGUUCUGGAUUUCACUGGUGCUUCUGAAUUAGGAAAUUGUUUGAAAGGUGUGAAUGUAGUGGUUAUUCCUGCUGGAGUUCCAAGAAAGCCCGGUAUGACUCGUGAUGACCUCUUCAACAUCAAUGCCAACAUUGUGAAGACCUUGGUUGAGGCUGUUGCUGAUAACUGUCCUGAUGCCUUCAUCCAUAUUAUUAGCAAUCCAGUUAACUCCACGGUACCAAUUGCUGCUGAAGUUCUGAAGCAAAAGGGUGUUUAUAAUCCAAAGAAGCUUUUUGGUGUUACCACAUUGGAUGUUGUCAGAGCCAACACAUUUGUUGCUCAGAAGAAAAACCUUAAGCUCAUUGAUGUGGAUGUUCCAGUUGUAGGGGGACAUGCUGGUAUCACCAUUUUACCCUUGCUGUCAAAGACAAAACCCUCUGUUAGCUUUACUGAUGAAGAAGUGAAGCAACUAACUGUCAGGAUUCAAAAUGCUGGGACAGAGGUUGUGGAGGCAAAGGCAGGUGCAGGGUCUGCCACCCUGUCCAUGGCCUAUGCAGCAGCAAGAUUUGUUGAAUCAUCCCUUCGUGCUUUGGAUGGAGAUGGGGACGUCUACGAGUGCUCUUUUGUGCAGUCAGAUCUGACUGAUCUUCCAUUCUUUGCAUCUAGGAUCAAGCUUGGAAGGAAAGGGAUUGAAGCUUUGAUUCCAUCAGACCUUACAGGGUUAUCUGAGUAUGAAGAGAAGGCUUUGGAAGCUCUGAAGCCAGAAUUGAAGGCCAGCAUUGAGAAGGGAAUAGCAUUUGUGCAGAAGCAACCGGUUACUGCUUAAAACUCAAGUUUUUGAAGCACUAACCUUGUUGACACCAUGCUUAACAGAGAGAUAACUAAGUAUGGUAAUUUUGUUGUGGAUUUAUCCUUGCAUCAGCACAUUCAGUUUUGUAGAAUGGAAGUUUUUUAGUUUCAUUUUCCAAUGAUAUCACAGAGUACCAAACUUAAAAGGGCAUUUUAGUGUUGUAGUAGUUGGACAGUUUUUGAAUAACACGGCCAGUGCACUACGUUACUUUUUA